AAAUAGUAAAACCACUUUUGCGGAUUUUUGAUGUUCGGAAUUUUUUGUGACGAUGGCGACCAGUAAAUGUUUACAAUUAUUUGUGUGACGAGAUCCGCGUGAGGUUUGGCUGACGUUUGAUUCUUUUUGCUUUAUUCCGAAGGCGGAAGUAGCAAGUGGACGUGACGUCAUCGGCCACACGUUGUAGGAAGCUAACGGAGGCUAAUGCUAACGCUAAAGGCGACCGUGUGCUCAAAGCAGAGCUGCGCGUCCACAUGUUGACCAUUUCAUCGUCGGUUUCACUUUGGAACUGAUUUCAAGCGGCGACCGGCGACCGGAAGUGUCCGCGGACACGUGCGGUGCUCCAAACGCGAGAAAACCAAAGUUCAUUGCGGAUGUUCAUCUUGGAGGCUUUGCCAGCUUCUCAGUGGCCAAACAUGAAGACGGCACACAAGACCAACACGGUGUUCGCAAACAGCAAACAAACAAGCGGUGAUGAAGAGGAGAACAACUCGAUUGUGUUGAUGCAGACAGGAGCCGAUGAUGAGGAAGAUCAGCUCGGCUCUGAUGAGAGUGAUGAAGGCAAAGAGGAAGAUGAGCAAGGAUCGGAUGAUGAUGAGGAGGAGGAGGAGGAGGAUGAUCAUGAUCAUGCAGGAGGUGAUGGGAGUGAGGAAGGAUCUGAUGGAGAUGAAGAUGAAGCUGAAGAGGAGGAGGAGGAGGGAGAGUCAGCGGUGUGGACGAGAGAGGACAUCAAAAAAGAGUUGUCCGUCGUGCCGUUCGAGGACAUCCUGGCACUGCAGAACCGCGUGGGCACCAAAGCGUACAAGCAGGUCGCUUACGGCGCCGCCGGCCAGCCACCGAGCGCCGCCGGCCGCAAACGCCUCAACAAGAACAGGCCCGCGGAGGUCUCGGCCAAGAAACCGGCGCCGUUCCUUCGCCAGGUGGUCGCCGUCAAGAAGGCGACACUGAGAGACCCUCGCUUCGACGACCUGUCGGGGGAGUACAAGGCGGACAUCUUUGACAAAACUUUCAAGUUCAUCCACAACAUCAGACAGCGUGAGACGCAGGAGCUCCAAAAGCAGCUGAAGAAAACGAAGAACGGCGACAGGAAAGAGAAGCUCAGCUUCCUCCUCAAGAAGAUGGCCAAUCAGGAGCGAGCACGGCAGAGUCAAGAGCAGCAGCGGGCGAGAGAGCUUCAGUACAAACAGGAGCAGAGAGAACGGGCCAAUCGGGGAGCUCGGCCUUUCUUCCUCAAGAAAUGUGAGCAGAAGAAGCUGCGUCUGGCGGCGAGGUUCUCCGAGCUGAAGAAGAGCGGCAAGCUGGACGCGUUCCUCAGCAAGAAAAGGAAGAGGAACGCCGGCAAGGAUCGCAGGAAGUUGCCGCGCCAACAGCAGCGUGGGAACCACGCCACGCAGUGACGGCGGGGCGCGUUUCCACGUCAAGUGGGCGACAAGAACGGGCUGCCUUGACAUGCGAGUUCGGACCACUUUUUUGCUUUGAGAUAUGAGCGCUGUACAAUUUAGCGCUAUUUUCCUUAAUGGGGCGGACUGGAACGAAUCAAUGUCACUUCUGUUCAUUUCAAUGGGGAAAGAUGAUUUGAGGUAUGAAUUUUGGAUUUUCUGAACAGAUCCAGCAACAAAAAAUGUGACUGAUCCUUUGAAACAUCACAGUUGUCUUUAAAUAAAUGUUUGGUCACCGCGGUAACAAAUCUGUAAGUCAAUUCCUCGAAAUUUGAGAACUGCAAGCACCUGCAGCCCUUGAACACGUCACAACAGCUCUUAUUUAAUGGACACUUGUGUGUGUCAACUAUAGAGAUAUACGAACACUUGCCUAAAACAGGUGCACAAAUAAACAUUUUAAAACUGGACAUCUCAUCUGCCAGGUGUAAAAACAACUACAAUAGCUUGACAAAGGACACCGUGGCAUUUCAAACCCAAAUUAUCUUGCUAACCUCAUAAAAAGGACAAAGAUUAUAAUUUGAUGGCAUGGGACCUUUCAUUGCUAUUACUAUGCAUUGUCAACAUAAUGCGUAUGUGAGACUAAUGUUAAAUUCCUCAUCUCGUUAA